AAAGACAAUCAACUCGAAUGCGGUCCCUAUGAAAUGGCGAAAAACAACCCCAAUGAUUGUGUCGCAGACUGCUGUCCUAUUGGGGAAAAUGUCCCAUGUCCUGAUCCUUGUCCGCAGGGACCCUGCAGGUGCACCUUGAUGAGUAGCAGAGCUGGCAAUGGAACCUGCAUAUCCACCAGAGACUGUCCCCCAUACCCAUGUGGCAUUAACGAGGUGUAUGAAUCCUGUCCAGUUUGUUCCGAGUCCUGUUCAAAUGCAUCUCCCGAUGGCCGUAGAUGUAGAUCUAGAUUUCCCAUUCGCUACGUAGUCAUUUGCAGACCAAGAUGUCGCUGCAUUGAUUUUCAUUGGAGGAAUAAAAAUGGAGCGUGUGUGCCGUACUGUGAAUGCCUCUGCGGACCCGAAUGCGACAACGAAUGCUCAACGUUACACGAGAUGAAUCGAACGAACUGUCCUAUUUUAAAUAUUGUAUGCAAUGAAAAGUGUUAUUGUGAAGAUGGGUAUGCCAGAGAUGAUGAAGGACAAUGUAUACCGAUAGAAGAAUGUCCCAGCUCAUACUAUCGACAAGUGAGAAGUCCGAAAAGUCAUAUACAUCGUGAGCCAUUGUUAUGUCCACCAAACGAAGAAUAUGCUAUGUGCAAGAGAUCCUGCCCACCUGAUACCUGUAUAUCUCUCGUUGCAAGGUUUAAAUGUGAUUCUAGAGAACAAUGCAUACCUGGCUGUGCCUGCAAAUCUGGUUUCCUGAGACAAAAUGCCGACGGACCUUGCACGCCUAUUCGCGAAUGUCCUCAACUUGCAUCAUCACCAGAUUUCUUAUAAAUCUUAUCCUGUUUUUAAUAUACUUAAUGAAUUGUUCGUUUAUUUUCGUAAAGUAUAUAAACUUCGUCCCAGCAGUGAAGCACGCCAAAACGACGUCAAAAUGCUAAAUUAUGAGAAUUAAACGUAUUUGAAAUAUG